AUGUCGACUUUCAACAACAUGCCACAGAACUUUCCCUUCUUAAAGCUCUUUUCUUCUGACGCCAAAGAUGACAGCCAUCUUCAGAAGAUUAGAGACAGGAUCUACUCUCUCACUUGGUCGCGUGAACGUCGCGAUCCGGCAAAACUGGACUGGAUCGUCUCUGAGAACGGAUUCAAACGCAACACGCAACUGAGAUUGAUCGAAGAAGCCCCGCAUGGGUUGAACAAUGAUUCAACUGAUGGGCUACCCUGCUGGCUGCUCUUGGUCAACAAGCAGAUCUCUACCGAUUUCAUUCGUUUCAUCUAUUCGGUCAAUGACCUCGACAUUCUCGUGGAUCUGAAGGCCGUCCACACCAACCAGAACGAGGCCAAACUUGACAAAAUCGUCAGUUACCUACAAAAAGCCAGCCUCCAAUGCUACACCAGAUCAGCUCGCAUCCGUAUCCAUUUUCCAGACAAGUAUCCCUUCCAGAAUUUGCCUGCGUUCAAUCAGCACGCGCUCGACAACAUUGCCGGGACUUUAGAUGAAUUCAAACAGCUCACACACUUUUCUAUUCGCAUUGUUCCCAUGCAAGGUCCCGAAGUCUAUGAGUUGCGUCUUGCAACCUUCCCGUUCUACCCCAUGUCCAUGACCAACUGGUCUAUUCGCAUGCUCAACUCUACAACCUACAACUGGGAUAUUGUGGCAGGAGAGCAGGUCCACCAGCUCAAUUUAGCUUGGGACCUGUACCAGGAAACAGGAUCACUGACUGCGACCGUCCAUGCAGCGGACGAUGCGCAGAAGUCAACUGUCCAUGGCGACCAAGCUCUCACAGCUGAGGAGGCUGAUGGUGUCUCUAACAAGACGAUGGUCGUCCAGAAAAAGAACGAUAGCCAAAAGAGAAAAGACCGCAAAUUGAAGGCUCUCUCCACUGCUACAGCUCUGGCUGUCAGCAGCGCCGCCUCUAAGGCCCCUUCUAUGUCGGUGCGGCCAAAUUCAACUCUUCCUGUUCCUGAAAAGGAUGGCCGCGCCGUCUCACCACCAGACCAGGCCUUGGUCCCCGGAGAAGACUCAUCUCUCACCGGUGCUGUCGUGUCUAAACAGACAGCUGGGGACAUGGCCGACUCUGAGCCAUCUUCUCAAACCACCCAAAUCGCAGCUGGGUCUACUCAACCGCCUACGCCUCCUCCCGACCCAACUGAAUUGAGGCAGACAUGUGGCUUGAUGAACACCUCUGCUGCUGGACUCAAUGAUGGGGUAAUGGAGAACGAAGACAACGCGAAGAAACGCUCCAGGGUCGCAGAUCCUUCAGAGUUCUCACCAAAGGAGUCUGUCCAGCGAGACAAGCCACAGAUGACGUCCCCCAUUAGCUCAGCCCCAAGCUCUGUUACGCUGGGCAGGGACCAAACCGACGAAGAAGGCGUGAUUCAUGCCACGCUCGAGGAAACGCCACGUGAAUCAACCGCCAUCGCCGAAGGUGCAGAGGCGGGCGAGCAGCCAGGGCAGAAGAAGAAGAAGCGAAGAAACCGAAAGAAGGCGAAGAAGCCCAAAGCAGCCAAUACUGCGGACAACCUGUCAGAUGGUGACGAUGCCCAGCGGACAGCGGCUGAGGUGGAGAACGACGAGGCAUUCCUUGCUGAGGCCAUCGGCGCGCCAGAGAUUAUUCCGCUGGGAAACGGAUGGGAUGGUCUCAUCGUCGACAACACUCGGGAUUUCCCCCUGGCAGAGAUCGUCGAAAUGAAACCUGUAGAAGGGCAAGAUAGAUUCUUGAGUUACACAAGGGCGAAUGGACGUCGAGGCAUAAUAAGCAGAAGCGCUGAACUCGACAGACUUCUGCGACAGAAAGAGAGAAUGGCGGCGCACGAGACCGAGAGGCAAGCUGAGAGAACGAGGACCAAGGAAAAGAGACAACUCAAAAAGAUGAAAAAGAAUCUGAUACGUCGCAAGGAACCUUCCGAUAGUCUCCGCCGAAGUGUUGAAGAUAUAAAACAGCUGGUCAGCGGCAAACAGGGCAGUGGCCCCAAGAAACAAUUGGGUGAUAUUGCAAGACAAGUCCUCGAACAAGACGUUCCCGUGACUCGGGACAACAGUUCUGAGGACUUUGAUUCCAGCGAUGAGGAUGCAUCUUCGCAGGAAGAUGCGGGGUCCUCUUCCGUGCAAGCCCAUCACCCCCAGCGCAAGUCCCCAAUCCACCUUGGACACGUUGAAACUAACGACUCUCACCAACGCCGCCAGCCCUCCAGCUCCAAUCUCGCUGCUAAACUUGAAAACAUCAGGUCAAAGCCACUAAUAUUGCUCUACAACAAGGAUGACACAAGUGAGGAUGGCUUGGAACCGGGACAUCCUGGAAGCAGCCAAGCUGACCAGUCAGGCUUAACUAAUGCACAAAAUCUUGGCCAGCACACGAUGGCCACGAUUGAAGUUGGUUCUGAGAGCGGCAGUACUCAGGACUCAAGCCAGACUGUAGGAACCAAUAUCGCCUCUGUGGAACGGAAGCAACAUCAAGAUGGUCAGGUGGAAGAACGUCCUUUGAUCGGAGAGCUUGACGACUCAGACGACGCGGAUGACUGCAGAUCUAUCGCGCCCCAGUACGGUGAUGAGCAUCCUCUGUUGACUCCGGAUGACGAUAGCUCUGCCGAGUGA